UACAAUUUUCUUUGCUUUACUUGCAUGCAUAUGUUUAAUCUGAAUCACGAAAUAUGUUAGUAUUAAGCAUUUGGCAGCUAUAUUGCGAAGUUAUCAGGCGAAACUGUCUCCACAAACUGGUGAUAGCACAUAGAUUCCUGGGUGCACAAGGCUUUGCCUGCCGUUGGCAACAAAUUAUUUGUUUUCGCCGGCUGAAAUUUCAGGCUGAAAUCUUCCACUGACAUUCUAAUGCGGCAAAACAGACCGAGCCAGGAAAAUAAUGGCUAAGUGGCAAAAUAUGUAUGUUAAAUCGAAAGGUAGAUAAUGACUGAAAGAUAUCAUGCCGAAAUUUUGCCGUGUACCUUUUGCUAAAGCCCUACGCUCGACCAACUUAAGUCGAAACCCGUAAGCUCUUAAUAUAAGUAAAUAUUUGAGAAUUUGCCGAUACCUACAACUACUAGAUAUCAAGUUUACUAUAAAAAGUGAAUGGCAUUAUAUCGCGACAGUUACUCCGUUUGCAAUGGUAGACCAACACCUAAUCGUGGCCAAGAUCGUGGCCAUUGUGGUGCUCUUUGUAGUGACCCUGAUCUUCUGCUUUAUUCCGUAUCUUCUGGAUCGCUUCUACAAGUGGACCCAGCGACCCGAGAACAAUGCUCGCGAAUUUAAGGUGGUGCUGUGUCUGCUUAAUUUCGGCGGAGGUGUUCUCAUAGCCACCACCUUCAUCCACAUGCUGCCGGAGGUGAUUGAUGUGGUGAAUGCCCUCCAGGACUGCCACAUGCUGGACCCUACUCCCUUCGGCCUGCCGGAGGUUCUGCUCUGCACUGGCUUCUAUCUAAUGUACUGCAUUGAGGAAACUAUGCACUUCGUGGUUCGUCGGCGGCAGCAGAAGAAGCUACGGGAGGUGAUCACGAUCAAGGAGGCGGGCGAGGAGGAAGAAAGUCCUAAGGAGCCCAACUGGCUGCGUGGCCUCGGAAUUAUAGUUGCCCUCUCCCUGCACGAACUCUUUGGCGGCAUGGCCAUAGGGCUGGAGAUGACUCUGAGCACGGUGUGGUUCAUGACCGGAGCCAUUUCCGUCCACAAGCUCGUUCUGGCCUUCUGCAUCGGCAUGGAAAUCAUGAUGGCCCAUACCCGAUGGCUGCUGGCCGUGGUAUACCUACUGGUCUUCUCCAUCGUAACUCCCAUUGGUGUUGGCAUCGGAAUUGCAGUCAGCGAAUCUGCAGCGGCCAAUGAGCCCAGCACGGUAUCCGGAAUCCUUCAGGGGCUGGCCUGUGGCACUCUCAUCUACGUGGUCUUUUUCGAAAUUGUGGCAAAAAAAAAUGCGGGCAUACGCGUCUUACUCUCUUCAGUAGCAGGGUUCGUCCUGAUGUUUGGUCUCCAGAUAGCAAUUGGAGAAGCCAAAGGCAAGAGCCAUUUCACAUGCCCCUAGUGGAUAUUCUAAUAUUUAUAAAGAAAAACGAUUCGAUGCUUAGAACAAUAAAGCCUGACAAAAUGUUUUCCUAAAUGGAAACAACACUUACUCUAAUAGUAACUAGUUAUUUACCUUUUUAUGCUGCGAUUUUAGUCCAUA